ACGGGGAGGGAGGGACGUGCGUGGGGUUGGGGUUUUGUUUGGGGAAGAUGUGUGUAGGAUGUUGUCCUAAAAUGCAUCUCCAUUUCCACUUUUAUCACAGAUUUGAUUAGCAAGUGCAGAAGAAAUAUCCUUGGGAAGAUUGAGGCAAAGCUUCCCUAGGGUUUUUCUUUCUGGCUUGAAAAUGCACCAGAAUCCUCUGACACUUCUGAAAUGUAGAGUAGAGGGAAACAUCCAGAACUAUGCCAGGAAGGAUCUGUGGACCCGUGGAAAUACAGAAGCCAUGGCUUUUUUGUGUAGAAUGCUGCGUUGACCUUAUAAGACUGUAAGGCUUGUCCUUAGAGCUUUGGUAGCAGUUCAGUCAGAUAACUGUGUCCAAAGUGGUUCUGAAAAUACUGUAUCAGCUAUAAACUAGCAUAAAAUAUCACUAAUCUACAGAAAUUCAGUAAUAUCUUUGGGAUGUGGUAGUACUGUAAGUUUGUGGGUAUUUUGCAGUUAAAAAUAUAUAUUAUUUUUUACUCUACCCAGCCAUUGCAACUCUCAGUGAAUUUCACUCUAAGGUCUUUUCAGAGCAUCUCGUAAUCAGUCAACAAAUCUAUUUCAAAUGCGGUUGUUACUAAGCAACGGUUGCUAAGAGCUUCUGUAAUUAAGAUGAAAGUUCCAAGGUAACAAUGCCCAAACACAGCACCAAUUUCACCGUUUUCUGAUAAUGCAGGAGUAGGAUGGAUACAAGUGAAAGAAGAUUCUAUUCUACUGUGAGCACGACAUCUGAAAUUUCUGAAUAGAUUGGCUGUCCUCUCGCUCAUAGGAGACAGAGUAUUUUUAUAAAUCAGACAGUCAUUUUUUUUCCUGGUGUGCCUGAAAUGUAUAUUCCAGACACGAACAGGCCUGGGAAGGCAGAAUGGUGAGCUGAGGAGGGCCUGAGGCCUCCCAGGGAGCUGACAAGGGAGGCCAGAAGGCUGUAAUGCCAGCCAUUGCUUGCCAGGUGGUUGGAGAGAGUCAGUCUCAGUCCCUGCACAUCGUCCAUCCAGGCAGCACCUGAACCUGAUCCAGGCAAUUGGGCCAAGUCCCUGAGGCUGUCUCUGGGACCAGAAGGUAUAACCAGAGGGAAGCAUGGAUUUAAAUUGCAGGGCAUAAAAGAAAAGUUCAACAUAUCUAAGAAGAAGCUGAAAAUGACUUUUUGCAAAUGCUUGAAGGACACUGCCUCAUACCAAACCAUACACAAUAAAAUGUUAAAAGAGCCUGAGUUUUGUUUCUGUCUGUGCCCUGUGGAGCACAUGUGACUUCAAAGGCAACUCUGUCGGGUGCAGGGAGGAAAGAACUCGCUUUUAUUUCCAGUUCUGGCACAGAUCCAUCAAACUAUUUUUGGUGGCUCAGAAACGAAACUUACAUUCCUUCUAAAUUCAUUUGCAUUUAGCACGUCCACCUUUGUGUUUCUACAGUGACAGCUUCUGCUUCUUCGUCCUGUGCUUUGCCCUUACAGUGAGGCUUCAUUUUGCAGAAAAAUGGUAAGAAUGAUGCUAGAUGAUUUCAAGGGAAGGCUCAAACAGCCCAGUUCAUUAAGCGCUCCCUUCCCUAACUUCCCCUUUCUUCCCACCAUAAUAAGUGUCUUCAGAGUUUAAAACAGUUGUUUGUAAGACUGUUUAAAAUAUGAAACAUCCUUUUACUAGGAGUCUUACUAAGGAGUUCCUGGUUUCAUUUCAAUGUGAUGGGACCCCUUGGUGCUGAGUGAGUGCAGCUUCAACCUGAUGCUUCGACCUAGAGCACGUGCACACUGGCUGUGUGUGUGUGUGUGUGUGUGAGCUUCUGUAGAUUCUGGGAUUCCAUUCAUCAUAAAAAUCGGAGAUGUCAGUGUGUCUUUCAGUGACACCAUCUGUCCUUUGCCAACACAGGGGUGUUCCUUGUGGCUUGUUUUUGAGAUAAGUUUCUUUGUGGCCUGUCUUUGUCCUGUCUUGUUCCAUGACUCCUCCACACUGCUGUUCGGUGGAGACUGAUUCAGGCUAUGCUGUUUUUAUUUCUUUUGGCCUGCUUAUUUCUGAUCAUUUUUGUUACUGUUUUCCAAACUCUAUGUUCCCUGCUCUGUUUGAAACUUUGAAUCCCAAUGUGGUUGGGUGGUGGAUUCUGCUUCACUUGUUAAAGAGUGAUCCUAAUGAGCUGGAAGUGGUUGGUUUUAUUGCCUGAAGGGUCUUUUGACAGCUCGGGGAGAAACUGCCACUCUAUAUGAACUUAUCACCCCUACUAGGGACAAAAGACCCAGGUCUGAUUAUUAUGGGUCAGUAAAUGAAGGAUACGAUAUCAUGAGCUUCAGUGUCUUUGCAUUAAUAACUCACAACUCAUGGAUCUUUUCCCUAAUCUUUGUUAGUGAUGUUGCUUUAAAUUAUAAAGAACAGCAAAAUAGUACUCGUAACAGUUAUAUCAAUAUGUGAAAAGCUUUACCCCCCACCCCCCUUCAUGUUUUAUCAAAAUAGGACCUUCCCUGAAGGGUUGGGUUAUGGGUACAGUGGAUUUAUAUUGGUCUAGUAUGCAAUAUUAUGGUCUAGAUGCAUUUAUCCAUGACCAAGUAUAUAAAGUAUAAUAUGAAACUCUACAAAUACCAAGAGGUAUUUAAAUCACUUGCAAAUAUUGUCUACUUUCUGUAUGCAUAAAAUUGCAUAGAUUGGUGCUAGUUAACACACACAUGUAUAUCACAUCACAGGUGGGGAUUUCCCUUGAAGAGCUUACUAGUAUAUUCUAGUAGAGGAAAAAUUUAAAAAAAGAACUUAUGUAAAAUAUUUACUAGAUAGCAUAAGAAAACUAAACCUAAAUAUUAAAUUGGUUGGAGAUGUACCAUAUAUUUCCAACCAAUUGAGGAUUAUAUAUAUAUGUGUGUAUAUAUCUGUAUCUGUAUAUGUGUUAGAGAUUUAUAUAUAUAUUGGUUGGAGGUUAUAUAGUUAUCAGAAUUCAGAGAUGGGUGACUAUAGACUAGAUGAAGUUAGAGAUGUCUAUUCAUAUUUGAAGGAGAAGGAAGAAUUUGGAUAAUUUGGGUGGGAGUGGGAUAGCAAGGAGGGGGGAACAGGAGAGUUCCAGGCAUGAGAAAUGACAUGAGUAAAUUAAAAAAGAGGGUGGUGAGGAUUCAUGGGAUGGCCAGGAGGACUUGAGCUCAGUCAGGGCUCUUGUGACACAGAAAAUUUAGUGAGCUUUUUACUAAUACUGUCAGUGUAUGAAUAAAGUUGAUGAUAAAGAACAUUAAGAAUAUGCAGUUUUCUCUAUAGAUAUGGAUCAAGUAGCAAUUAUCCUCAAAUGAUAUCAUUGCUAGUUUAAUUUAAGUAGUUUAGACUAUCUGCCAAAGUUGAAAGAAAAUUAUAAGAUUACAAGUACGUGUAUUCUCAAAUACAUUAUGGUGCCCCCAAAUGACACAAGGUACAAAUUUACCUUUGACUUUGCACAGCAAGAUUUAAAUACUGUAAGAUCUAGAGGACUGACUUUGCACAGCAAGAUCUAAAUACUGUAAGAUCUAGAAGAGUGAGGACCUUGCGUGCCUCCCAAGAGGUCCAUCUUAGCACAGUGCCUUGAACUUGGUGAAUUUUUAAUAGUUGCAUGAAUUUAAUAUAAAGACAACCUUCAGUGUUGACCUCAAAGAGAUACUAAAAAUGACACUCCAGGAUACCCACAGAAGGUGGUCUCAUUGUCCAGGGAAGGUGUUAAGCACUGAUAAAGUCCCAAUUGCAUCGAGUAUUUUCUAUGACCCCAGUAACCUAGGAGAAGGUAUGUAAACCUUGAUUCUUGAUCCUAUAGAACUUACUAGGAAGAUGAAAGUAUUCACUGAGGGAAAAUUAGAAAAUAAAGACAUAUAUAAGGCAGAAAUACUUGAAGGGAGUACAGGUGGGUGUCUUUGCUGUUGCUUUUUCUCUGAUUUAUCUUUUUGUUAGGAAAUUAAUCUGUUAUAUUUUCAAUUGUGAUCUCUACUGAUGACUCAAGUUAAUAUCUGUUCUGGAUUUCAUAUCCAGACCCUGAGCAGUUUCUAUCAUCUCAAACUUCAGGUCUCUAAAUCCAAACUCUGUCUUUCCUAAUCAGAUUAAAUCUCCUUUUCUUUUCUGUCUAGUAUAAUAAUAGCUGCACCCUUGUGCUAAUCACCUAGGCUCAAAUUCAUUGACUAUUUCUGCAUAUCCAUAUGUCCUUAUGUUUAUCAGUUUACAUGGCUGCUCUUUUCUGGAUUAUGAGUAGAUCAAGAGAAUAGAAAAUAGUUUUAAUCAUUGAUUUUGGCUUUCUCUAUGGUAUCUUGGAAGGCAUAAGGUUAAGCACCUAAAAAUGACAUCCAAAGAGUGGCACCAUUGGCAAGCUGUUCAUGGAUUACACCACGAUUGUUGAAUUAAACUAAAAUAUUCCUUUGACUUUAUUAGCCAGCAUUUUUGGUAGAAUGGAAAUAAGGGGUAAAGACUGAACCUUGGAAGCACUGGGUUUGGUGUUAUCUUGGAAGCACUGGGUUUGGUGUUACCAUGGCAUUAAAGGGAUCAAUCCCUAGACAAUUAGCCUAAAUUUAUAAAGUUACAUAGUUAUAAAGGAAUGGAGAGAAAUACCGUUUCCUUCUUUGAACUGAAGCAAUGUGAGAUAAAGAAUGAAAGGGUAUAAUUUUGGGGUGCUUGAUCUAUACCAUUAAAAAUAGUUUCAGAGCCAAACAUACUUUAGAAACGAUCUCUUGGGUUUUUCAGCGAGGUCCAAUUUUCUAAGUCUGAUGUUUUCAGAGAUCAUCCCUCUACUUUAGGGAGGAAGUUAGAGGUUAUUGUAUGAAGCUUGAAAAUGCAGUUCCUUUAGAUCCUGUGCCAGUAUCCCAUCAUCAUCUUGGAACAAAGAACAUGGUAAACAUCUACAGCACACACUGGGAUGGAAGAAUCCCUUUGAACCGGGUCUGCCAUAGAGAAAAUGUCUUCAUAGCGGCAAAUGCAAAACUGUGUGUAUCUAGCACCGACUUCAGACUUCACUGGGGUGUAUGCCCUUCCACUGCAGAGCUUAGUUCUCUCCAGGGAGCUUCUUUACUCUAACCCUCUCACAUAGAUGGUCCUGUGUGUUUUUUUGCUGUCAUAAAAUAGUUUUGAGGAGUGCCAAUUAAUAAACGUAGAAGGAUGAUGGGAGAGAAGAUUGCUAUUUUAUAACCACCAUAGUAAUUAAUAAGUGAUGUAGGUGAGAAGGAUUAGAAGAUACUAAAAUCAGUGAGUGAAAGAUUGUUGGGGAACAGAGUAUUCUUAGAGUGUCACCCCUUAAUCACAAAGAUAAAAGUCACCUUCACCAUGGAGAACACCUUAAACAAGUGAUUAAAUUGAAACAAUUAAACAUCACCAAUAGAGGAACAAAUGGGUGUCAUGUACCCUCUGAGUGCCCAUCUACUUAGACAGCAUUCCUGCCCACAAUGUGUCACCCAAAUUGAAUCAUGAAGAUAUAAUUGGAUACAUCCAAAAAUGAGACCUUAUACUCUUAAAAAUGUCAGUUAUUAUAGAUCAAAAAGCUGGGGGGAACUGUUUUUUUGUUUAAAAGAGAGUAAAGAGAUGUUACUUCUAAAUGUAGUGUGUGUUCCCAAUUUCAUCCUGGAUCAGGGAAACAGCUACAAGGACAUUGAUUGGAUCAUUUGAGGAAAUUUGCAAAUGGACUAUAUAAUAGAUAAUGACAUCAUGUCAAUGUUUAAUUUCUUGAGUGUGAUAUGUCAUAUGAGUGUGCAUAUGUCAGAGGAUGUUUUUGUUCUUAGGACAUUCAUUUUGAAGUAUUUAUGACCCAGUUACCAUGAUGCUUGCUACUAACUUUCAUAUCUAUAUACAUCUAAAUUAUAUA